CAUUUUGGACUUAAAAACAAAAUAGGAACCGUCCAUAGAAGCCCAAAUCCAACAACUGCUUUUCCAUUAAAACCUACGGAGUGUUUCUUCCUCUCUCCCGUCCGUAAGAUCUCCUUUGCUUUUGUUCCGGACCCUCUCGCUCUUUCUCUCCUGAAGCCCGUAGUUUGGUUUCUCUCAUUCAAUUCAAUGGAGACUCGUGUUUCUGCAGGCACCGAUCCGCUGCCAGAAACCACUACAGGGAGACAAAGUCGUGGUGUUUCUACUCAAGUCAUUGUCGGUAUUCCUGGAAAAAUUGGUCAAGCUGUACGAACCUCACACAUUGCUAGUCGUGAUGAUCCUUGCGGUUCUCUUGCCGAAUCCUUGAAGGACUGUUUGGAAAUGCACAAUGAUCGCAUCGAAGAUUGUUCACACUGUGCUCUCACCUUGAUGGAAUGUGUAAAGAAUGUGAUAUAAGUCCGCUACCACGGCUUCAAACGGGCUGUGUUAGAAACAAGAUCCUCUUUGCUUAUGUGAACCUUUUUAGAGUCAAGAUGAUGGAUUAUUCUCCUUCAAAUUUAAAAGUGGAAGCAUGUUGGUGGAAAGGAAGAAAAAUGCACUUUUAGUGUUCAUUUUUAGUGUUCAUUUUUUUAUUACUCCUUAAAAUUUCUUAUGUGUAUAAAUUGUACGGACUAGCAAAAUAUGGAGUACUUGAGUUGAGGUGAAAUUUAUAUUUUCGUUAUCAUAUAUUAGAAUUCGGUGACUAAGAUUUAAGAAACAUGAUUUGAGUAAAAAGUAUACAAGUUU